GCCUGCAAACUUGUCAGCUGAGGAGUCUAGGCGAGCUUCGAAACAUGAGUCAUUCGUGAAAAAGAUUCACUUUGAGUUCCAAGUCGUCCGGAAUCUCGUGCACAACUCCAGCGGAUCGAGGACAGCCCCCCGGCAUAAGGUGUUCGAGAAUGAGCACCCUGGAGAAACCGGCCGGUCAAGCGCCGGUCGCGGACUUCACUGCGGAACUUGGCCAAUUGCGUGAAGCGUAUGAAAUUUCCUAUGUGUUCAUGGAUCAGGCUCUAUGCUUCGAGGAAGCCGGAAGAUUGGGGGAGGCAUUGGAAAUGUACUAUAAAGGACUUCGUUACCUGAACGCUGGCCUUGACAUACGCACAGAUCUUCCUCACUGCAGAGGAUCUGAGUGGGAGGACGCCCGACGCAUGCAACGGAAGAUGACCCGCGUUCGAGAAGAUGCACACACCCGGAUAUAUGCGCUCUCAAGCGAGAAGAACCCUCCUAAUUUCGCGCCGCCGUACAGUACGGCCGUGGCGGAGCCCAGACCCGAUGGGAUGUCGAGCCGAGCUGGCCCGUCGGAUGGAUCUCUCUACCCCCAGCUGGAUUCCGAGUUCCCUCCGAGCUACUUCGAAGCUACGGAGUCGGAUCCUGGGAGCGCGCGCGACGGAUACACGUACCAAGCUCAAUCAGCACCAGGAGCUCCUCCUAAUGCUCCGGAUAUGAUGCAGAUGUCCGCGAGGGUCCUCCUGAGCAUCCCGUCCGGAGCUCAAGUCUUCCACAUUAGCCCAAAUGACGACGUACAAGUCGAAAGCGACGCUACAGAACUGAAGAUCCUCACACUGAAUAAGGCUCACCAGCCAAUCACACCUCAGACCGUCAGCUGGAUUCAAGUUGGCGAUUUCACCUACCCGCUUGUCCCGAAAAAAUCACCUGUUUUGAAAACUGGCUACGGAGCUUACGUGUUCCCCGAAAUCUCCACGCAGUCUGAGACCACUUCGAGUAUCGCCAUUGUGUUGCGUGCUGAAGUCUCCGAAGUCGACCGGAUUCUGUUGGACGAGCUUCUGAAGGACUAUGCGGCUUUCCAAGAGCAGCCUCAAAUCGGCCUCAAUCCCGAUGAAGUAACACUGGGACAGAAGGUGUCCGAUGGAAUCGUCUCAGCGUCAGAGGUCAUCAGCCGGGGCCUCGUUAAAGGUGCUCAGGUGACCUCAGUUGCACUAAACUACGGAGCGGAGAAACUUCGAGAAAGACUCACCCCUCAGCAAAGAGCUUACAUGGUAGAUCCACGUGUUCAGACAGGCCUCAAAGUUGCUCGUACGACCACACAUUAUACGUGCAAAGUCACGGGCUUCAUGGUUAGCGUUGUUGGAGACAUGACCAUGGCGCUGGGGCGUAAAAUCGCGAAAAGCAUCGCGCAACCUGAGGUCAUCGGCGGAGUACAGACCAACGCUGCCCUGAACGAUGCUCUUUUGAUCGCGGGGGGCGGGCUGACAGGAUUCGGCAAAGUCUUCAUGGGAUUGGAGAACGCGGCCAAAGUUCUCGCUCAGAGCAUAACGACCAAUACCGUUACGCUGGUCCACCACAAGUACGGUGGGGAUGCUGGAGAAGCUGUUGGCGAUGCUCUCUACAGUGUAGGGAAUUUGGCCUUGACCGCGAACAAUGUCACCAAUCUCGGAGUCAGAGGGAUCGCGAAACGGACGGCGAAAGACGCGGGGAAAGCUGUUCUCGAAGAAUAUGUCACGAAGACAUCAUCCAGUACAGUCGUGGUCGAGCCGGCGGACGACCGACAACCGGGACCGUCGGGGAGAAACGACCCGAUGCAUCAAUUGCGCUAGUCCGUUGAAACGUGAUCAUGGUGUUCAGACUGCGCGCCUAAAACUUUCCACUAGCUGCACAUUCCGUCGUAAAUAGAUAUCUUACUUUGGUGGUUAAACCAUCGUGUUCAUGUAUGUGAUGUACACAGGGAAUAUCCAGUUGUUCGGGACUUUAUAGAAUGAAAUGUG